AGUAGCCAAUUGCUUCCGGUUUGUCAUUCUGACCCCGACGCGAGGGGGAACUGUGUCUGUUUUACUUAUAAGUAGAAACCUUUGACAUCGUUUCUCAAACGAGUCCUCCCAUCUUCAUGUGCAUCCCUAAUGGGCGGCUGGUCUCGUAGUGCGGUGCUGGAGCUGUACCGAGCACUGCUCCGUGCAGGGCGCCACCUUCAGUACACAGACCGCAACUACUACCGCCGUGCCGUGGCCGGCGAGUUCCGCCGCUGCCAGGCUCUGACCGUGCCGAGCGACAAGGAGGACGCACUGAAGAGGGGCCAGUUCUUCCUCAGCAGUAGACUGGGGGGGCUGAUGUAGUUGGGGGUCAACCAUCCAACACCACCUUUUAGCAAGACGUGCUUGUGGCAGACCACAAACAGGCAGAAUGGCGGGAGUGAACGGUGACCGUAAAGGAAAGAAGGAUGACAACGGGAUGGGCACGGCCGUUGACUUUUUGCUCUCCAAUGCCAAGCUUGUGCUUGGGGUCGGAGGAGCUGCCAUGCUUGGCAUUGCAACACUAGCAGUCAAAAGAAUGUAUGACCGUGCCAUAAGUGCUCCGACCAGCCCUACUAAGAUGGAACCAUCAGGGAAAAGGAGUUGGGAAGAACCAAGUUGGAUGGGCUCGUCACCACGGGUACUUAACCACGACAUGAGGUCAACAGUGAGCAGGUCACUGCAGACUCUACCCACCUCCUCCAACUCCUUUGAACCAGACUGCAUGCGGAGGGCGGCGGGGCGGGGACGUAGCGCUGCAGGGGAGACCGACCUCUUCCGGGCCAAGAUGCGCCUCUCCUUACAGGAGAAACUGUGGGAGUUCUACCAGGAGCGUGUGGCCAUCCCCGCUGAGGAGCAGGCCACAGCCCGCCGGGCUGCCCUGGACAUCUGCGCAGAGCUGAGGAUCUUCCUGCAUGCCAAGCUGCCUGACAUGCCUCUCCGAGAGAUGUACCUCAGCGGCAGCCUCUACGACGACCUGCAGGUGGUGACAGCGGAUCACGCUCAGCUCAUGGUCCCUCUGACCCUGGAGAAGAACCUGUGGUCGUCAGUCCCCGGGGAGGACACCAUCAUGAACGUUCCGGGCUUCUGGCUGAUUCGCAGGGAGAACCUGGAAUACUUCCCCCGAGGCAGCAGCUACUGGGACCGCUGCAUGGUAGGUGGCUACCUCUCCCCCAAGUCUGUCCUGGAGGUGUUCGAGAAGCUGGUGGCGGGCUCCAUCAACUGGCCGGCCAUCGGCAGCGUUCUGGACUACGUGAUCCGGCCGGUGGUUCCCUCGGAGACGCUCACCCUGGAGGUCCAGUACGAGACAGACCGCCUUCUUUACGUGGACUUCCUGCCUCUGCUGGUGAUGGACGACGGCGCCUCGCUCAUCGCCAAACCACACAGGCUGGCUGCGGAGCGCCAUGAAAACCUGUGGCGGCAGAGCUUCCGUGUGGCGGAGACUGCACGCCUGCGGGCUCUGGACCAGGAGGACGGGGGCUGCCGCUGCGCCUGCCUCAAGGUGACUAAAGCCGUGUGCAAGCUGAACCCGGCCCUGGCGCGCCUGUCGGCCAGUCAGCUCACCAACGCCAUACUGCUACUGAGCGAGAAGGAGGGCGACUGGACCCAGGAGGCGCUGGCUAACCGCUUCCUGCAGUUGCUCCGCUCGCUAGUGGGACACCUAGAGGCCGGGAGGCUCCCCUGCGCCCUGGUCCCCAAAGUCGACCUGUUCUGUGAGCUGACGCCAGUGGAGGUGGAUGAGCUAGGAUAUACCCUCUACUGUUCCCUCUCUGACCCAGAGGGACUCCUAAGGACUCCUCAGUCUAAGUCUGGUCACGGGUUAUAGGGUUUAGGACAGAUGGUAUAUAAUUCUAAGAUUCCAUACUGCAGAAGAGGAUAGGAUAUGUAAUUCAUAUGCGCUUCAGACAUGGACCAUGUCCCCUGUGACCAUGUCGCUGUGUGAUUGAUUCAACAUCACGUCGCUGGAGUCCCUGUUUCAUCGAUCAAUAUCUUUCUCUUGUACUUUUUUUUUAUUUAUGUAAUUAUGUUUGUGAUAAAGUAAAAAUGCAAAAUAAACCACUUUAGUAUGGGUGUUUAACAAUGAA